CGUAAACAUGUUUCCAUGUUGUUUUUAUGGUGAUGGAGGCUGUGAAGUCAGAUUAUUAGUGAUCCUCGGCUCUAAAGGCUCUCAGAAAUGAGGUCAUUGCCUCAUACUAGGAAACCUCUAAUGAAAAUCAAAAGAGCAGCAUGAAAUAUCUGUUGUACGCACUGGGACAGCAUCACACGCACUAACACACCUCUUAGGAUGCACACAGCAGAGCCACACUAUAGAUGUUCCUGCUGGCCCUGACGUCAGCUUGUUUUUGUGCUGUUUUUUUAGCUUCUAGUAAACAGGAAUCCUGCAAGGCCUCACAGGGAGCAUGAUCAAACCAGUUAGCGCUGCUGCUCCUGAUGGGGGAUAAAAGCAGCCUGGAACAUUGGCCUGGACCGCACAUGCUGCUGGACUGCCUGCACUUACUGCAGCAGAUAUGAAGUCUAAAAUCACAGUUGUCUGGACGUGUACUUUGGCCGUCUCACUGUUCAUUGUGUCCUGUCAUGCACAGAAGCUGAAUAUUCACUGGGGUCCUCAGUCCAUGAUGUACUUGAAGGGCAAACAUGGCAGGAGGUUUGUGAUGGAGGAUGACAACAGUGUCUUGAAGCAGGGUCUACAAGGGUGGUAUGAAGUUCUCAGAGGCAUCCAGAAGCUCCAGACACCACAGUUCAAAAAACCCACUCACAUUGUGAGCUCAGAGAAAGUCCUCAUCCACUACCUCCAGGAGAGAUGAGACGCACACGAGCACCUCACUGAGAACUGGUCCAAACUCACAGACUUCUCUUCACAUCACCGGCAUCGGCGUGACAGGAGACACAAGCGGUGCUACUGGCUCUGCUUAAUGUAAAUAGUAAACUGUGACUUGUUAUGAAAAUUUUCCAUGUAUGACUAUUUUAUGUGUGUCCAGAUUUCAUGUUGUUGUAUGUAAAAAGAAAAUCACUGAAGUAAAUGAUGAUUUACGUCCUCUUGGCAGUGGCUUGAUUGCAGUAUUAUGUUGACCACCAGAGGGCAGUAAUAGAAAGCCUAAAGACUGACUCUUUCUCUCAGCUCUGAGCUUUGUCAGUUUUUACUAUGAUACU